AUGGACACGAUGGCCACAGCGAUGCGGGGCACGCCUCUUGCCCAGCCCGGCCUCACGAUCGACCGCGCCAGGAGCCCGGCAUCGCUUCGGAUCUCCGCGGUCGCGACCCCCUCCAAGCCCCCCACGGCCAAGCCCGCGCGGCGCAGCAAGGUGGAGAUCAUCAAGGAGGGCAGCGACUUCCUGCGCCACCCCCUGAUGGAGGAGCUGGUCAGCGACAAGACGUUCAUCAACGAGCAGGCGCAGCAGCUGAUGAAGUUCCACGGGAGCUACCAACAGGACCACAGGGAGAAGCGGGCCUUCGGGCAGGGAAAGUUCUACCAGUUCAUGAUGCGCACGAGGCAGCCCGGGGGGCUGGUGCACUGGCAGCUGUACGUCGUCAUGGACGAUCUGGCGGAUCAGUACGGCAGCGGCACGCUGCGCCUGACGACGAGACAGACCUUCCAGCUGCACGGCGUGCUCAAAGAGGACCUCAAGACCGUCUUCUCGACCGUCAUAAAGAACAUGGGCUCCACCCUGGGCGCGUGCGGCGACAACAACCGCAACGUGCUGUCGCCCCCGGCGCCAUACAAGAAUCGGCCGGACUACGCCUACGCUACGCAGUACGCUAAGGACAUUGCAGACCUGCUGGCGCCUCAGUCGGGGGCGUACUACGACGUGUGGCUGGACGGGGAGAAGUUUGUGUCGGUCCAGAGGGAGAAUCCCAAGGUCACGGAGGAUCGGGCCUUCAACAAGUUCGGCACCAACUUCGCUGACUCCCCUGAGCCCAUCUAUGGCAGUCAGUUUCUCCCCCGCAAGUUCAAGGUCGCGAUCACUGUUCCCGGCGACAACAGUGUCGAUGUGCUGACCAACGACAUCGGCCUUGUGGUCAUAUGCGAUGAGAAGGGCGAGCUGCAGGGCUUCGAUGUUUUGGUGGGUGGCGGCAUGGGCAGAACACACAGGAACAACGACACCUUUCCACGUCUUGCAGAUCCGUUGGGCUAUGUCGAUAAAGAUGACAUCUUCCACAUAGUCAAAGCUAUCGUGGCAACACAAAGGGACUACGGGAGGCGUGAUGACAGGAAAAUGGCAAGGAUGAAGUACCUCGUCGCAUCAUGGGGCAUUGAUAAGUUCAAGUCUGUGGUGGAGCAGUACUUUGGAAAGAAGCUCCAACCCUUCAAGCCCCUCCCUGCCUGGGAGAAUGUGGAUUAUCUUGGCUGGGGCGACCAGGGAGACGGUAACCACUAUUAUGGGAUACACAUCCAGAAUGGGAGGGUGAAAGGGGACGUGAAGAAGGCCCUGCGCAAGGUGAUCGAGCGCUACGAACUGCCGACAAUGAUCACUGCCAACCAGAAUAUCAUCCUAACAGACAUCAAGCCCGACUGGAAGGAGGACAUUGCUGAGACGCUGGCGGCAGGCGGUGUCGUGGAUGUUGUGGAGCUGGAUGAUAUCGAGCGCUACUCGAUGGCAUGCCCUGCCCUGCCGCUGUGCGGACUGGCAAUCGGGGAGGCAGAGCGCGGACUUCCGGGAGUGAACAACCGAUUGAAGACCCUGAUGAGGGCGGUGGGUCUGCAGGAGAUGCCGAUCGUCAUAAGAAUGACAGGGUGCCCCAAUGGCUGUGCCAGGCCCUACAUGGCAGAGCUGGGCUUUGUUUGCGAUGGGCCCAAUACAUAUCAGGUUUGGCUAGGUGGCGAUCGGCAUCAGACCCGCCUGGCAGAGUGCUUUAUGGACAGGAUGAAGCUCAACGACAUGGAGACCGUCCUGGAGCCCAUCUUCUUCUUUUACAGCCAGCAACGAAAGCAGGACGAGGGCUUCGGCGACUUCUGCGCAAGGGUGGGCUUUGAUGCCCUCCGAGAGUACCAGAAUGGAUACAUCAAGAUGGCAGACGUGGGCGAUCUCCAGCAAGUCGGAGUUAGCCCCGACGUGUACGAGAAGCUGGAGGAGCUUGCCAAGGCGAAGGGCAAGACGGUGGAGCAUGUGUCGAACGAAGUGCUGCGGUCAGUAGUCACCAAGUCGUGA